AUGGUAUAUUUUCAUUUGUCGUCCUUAAUAAAGGAACAUUCAACAAAAAUAUUUGGAUUUUACAAAACCUUACAGUUGUGCGACCAUUUUAUAGAAUUUUCCAGAAUCACAGCAUGUGAUAUUUUUAACUCUCUGUACGAUAAAACUUCACAAUUAGCUAAUGAAGAAUAUUUUGGGUUCACAAUUAUGAGGUUCAAAUGCUUGCAGUAG